AUGCUUCGUGUCGUUUGGCCCAGUGGGGAAGUGCUCGCCACCGUCGCCAUCGACCUCGAAGAGCUUUCUGCGAGGGCACUGAAGAGGCAGCUGCGCAAGCUGCGCCGGCGAUCGCACCCAAGCAAGGAGUUCCUACUGCACGGAAGCCGGAUUCUGCAGGACGAUGAGAAGCUCGACUCUCCCAUGGAUGUGACCCUUGUGCUGAGAAGCUUUAUCGAGGCAUCCAGGGACCAAAAAGAGCAGAUGCAAAGGGCCGUUGAACGAGGGCAGCCUCUGGAGGUUGAGCAGAUCUUGCGCCAACUCCCGGACUACGAUUUCGGCUUUAGCCCCUUGUGGACCGCGGCACAAGAGAACCAAAUCGAAAUUGUCCGCCUCCUCCUGGAGGCAGAAGCUGCCCCGGAUCGAACUCGGACGGGCUAUGGUGUCACGGCCCUUUGCGCAGCUGCGCAGUACGGCCACCUCACAGUGGCUCGCUUGCUGCUGGAAGCGGAUGCCCAAGUCGAGCCGGCAAAGGAGGGAGAGCCGUCACCCUUCUUCCUGGCAUGUGGAGGCGGUCAUGUGGAUGUCGCACGUUUGCUUUUGGAUGCCGGUGCCGACCAGGACCGUGGAAUCAGGCACAGCUACACGCCGCUCUUGGUUGCAUCCAAAGGAGGCCAUGCCGGAAUUGUUUCUUUGCUUCUGCAGGCCGCCGUGGACCCCCACCAGGCUAACGACCGCGGCGAAACCGCGCUUCACAUCGCGUGCCGCGGUGGCCACACGGAUGUUGUGGACUUGCUUUUGAGGACUGGUGCUGGGAAGGACCGUCCAGACCAAGGCGGCUGCACGCCUCUCUACAUCGCCACUUACUGUGGCCACGAGGAUAUCGCAAGCUGCUUGCUGGAAGCUGAUGCGUAUGUCGACCCUGCAUUCCAUAUGAGCGGUGACACGCCUUUGUGUGUCGCUUGCCAAAACGGCCAUUUGGGGAUUCUAGCCUUGCUCCUCGACGCCGGUGCGUGUUUGGAGCACUCAAACAGCUCUGGCGACGUUCCUCUCUGCAUGGCAGCACGAUGUGGGAACCUUUCCGUCGUGCGAUCACUGCUAGCUGCGAUGGCAGACAGCGACCGGCCCAACGCGAGCGGCGAGACGCCCCUGGCUCUUGCAGCUGAAGGCGGUCAUGCAGAGAUCGCACAGCUGCUCCUGACGGCCGGUGCCAAUUAG